AUAUAUAUGUUUAUAUGUAUAUGUAGUUGUGCGUGUCCUGCUGCGCGUCUGUUUUGCCACGCGAAUUGCGACGCGACGAUGACGCCUGUAACGCUACAGCGGAGCGCUCUUGGUUCUUGCAGAUCCUCACGCCGUCACCGCGGUGGUAUGAGGAACGAUCCGUGCCGCAGCGACUGCGUUGGUAGAUCACCAGGUGCGAGCUAACUUUGCUUCCAUCCGCUAUGGAGAACCAAGGUUACCACCAAGCCAUCUCGACCCACCAGUCCUUCUGGAAGAAAAACACGCGGGCUGUACCAGGAAGGCCGAGCCUGAAGCAGGACGUCAGGCAGGGCAAGUUCAACCCCGCGGCGAUCGGGUCCGGCAAUCUGGCCGGCGCUGCCAACAGCAGCGGCGGCCACAGCACAGGCGGCAGCGGCGGCUCCACGUCCUUUCAGGACUUUCAGGAGAGCGUGGACGACGCGUGGGACUCGGGGGACGAUGAAUUCUGCACAGUCUCGGAUGUGAGGAUAUCGAAGAGGGUCAGCCACUCGGCGGCCCUCAGCGUUAUCAACAGUCAUAGAUCCGGCAACAAGUGUUCACAGCCGGCCCAGGCGAAUGCCAAGGCGGUCCAGCGGGAGAUCAUCCCCGAGGAGAAGAAGGCGGAGGCUCUGCAGAGGCUGGCGGUGCAGCCGCUGCAUCUGCGCAACGUCAACCUGCACUCGCAGCUGAUCAACAGCCACCACUCGGGCGAGGACGCGGACUUGAGGCACGGCGCGUCGCCCCAGCACAAGCCGACGCAGUUCCCCGGCAGGCCGCAGCCGCUGAGGCAGGCGAAUGCACCCAAUAAGUUUUUUAUACCUUCCAAGGAGCAAGACGGCGAGAGCAAGGUGGACAAGUUUCAGUUACUUCUGGAGGCGUCCGUGCUGAAUCUAGACGAACUGAGGCAGCUAUCGUGGUCGGGCGUGCCAGCCAAAUUGCGCUCCGUCACUUGGCGGUUAUUGUCUGAGUACUUGCCGGCUAAUCUAGAACGUAGGCAGCUCGCCUUGGAGCGCAAACGGUUGGACUACUGGAACUUGGUGAAGCAGUAUUACGACGUCGAGCGAGACGAGGGCUUUCAGGACACGUAUCGCCAGAUUCACAUCGACAUCCCUAGAAUGUCGCCGCUCAUCUCGCUGUUCCAGCAGACGACGGUGCAGCUAAUAUUCGAGAGAAUAUUGUACAUUUGGGCGAUCAGGCAUCCCGCGUCCGGUUACGUCCAGGGUAUGAAUGACCUCGUGACACCCUUCUUCUUGGUCUUUCUGCAAGAAGCGGUGCCGAUACAAGCCUGGCAGGAUUUAGAAAAUUACGACGUGGCGUCGUUAUCGAAGGAGCAACGUGAUAUUAUCGAGGCCGACAGCUUUUGGUGUCUGUCCAAGUUCUUGGAUGGUAUACAGGACAACUAUAUAUUUGCUCAGUUGGGGAUCCAGCAUAAAGUGAAUCAGUUGAAGGAGCUGAUACAGAGGAUCGACGCCCCGUUGCAUCAACAUUUGCAUCAGCACGGGGUGGAUUAUCUGCAAUUCUCCUUUCGGUGGAUGAACAACCUGCUAACCCGGGAAAUCCCGCUUCACUGCACCAUCCGGCUGUGGGACACGUAUCUGGCGGAGUCCGACAGAUUCGCCUCGUUUCAGCUCUACGUGUGCGCGGCCUUCCUUCUUCGUUGGAGGCGACAUUUGCUCUUGCAACCUGAUUUUCAAGGGCUAAUGUUAAUGCUACAAAACCUGCCCACGCAAAACUGGACGGACUCGGAGAUUGGCGUGCUGGUGGCCGAGGCGUACAAAUUAAAGUUUACGUUCGCCGAUGCGCCGAAUCACCUGCAAGCCCAUGACACAACGACCAGGUGACCACUCUCAGACGGAUCGGGUUGAUGUUUAUUAUGAAUAGUGGCCAAACCGAGAGGCCGAGCGAUUGUCGCCGGUUCUCCUCUUCCGUCUCGCCGUCACUAUGUACACUGUGUGACGUUCAGUCUAUCACGGCCAUAUCGAAAGUUUUCGGAACACGCGGUCUUUCACAUUUCGUUCCCGCGUCGGCUAUUAAGUUUUCUCGAUUACUUUAUGCGUUAUAGAGUUUAUUCCUUUGUUACACUGAAGGAUUUCGCGAAAAGAACUUGGAUAUUACUCGCCAUGUUUCGCUCUGGAACAAAAUGUAAAUGCGUUUCAAGACGCGGAGAAUUUGACGCGAAUCAAUUGCCAUUUCCCGGUUUGCAUUAAAUUUUUAUAUAUAUAGUAAGUCUCAGACAUUAUAUACAGAUAAUAUAUAUAGACAGGAAAGUUUUAUAUAUCGACCCUGUGUUGUGCUUUUACAUGGCGAUUACGCCGUUUCUACCAGCCUUGUAUAUUCCUACAUCCCAAUUAUCACGAAUUUAAUUUUAUAACUAAUCUUUACGCCUUAAUAUUUAAUAUUCGAACGACGUCGUAAUAUUAUAUUUUAUUUUAUAGCGUGUAUGCUUUAUUCUGACAUUUGAUACUUUGUAUAUUAAAGUAUGAUUUGCCACGGAUAUAUCUUGUACUUGUGAUAUGUAGAAUUGCGGUCGUAGAAUAUGAAUUGUAGGAUCUAUCUGGCAUCGGACCUUCAAUUGUCAUUUAGAAAUAAUUGCACGCAGUAUGUGUAAAUUGAUAUUUUUUUAUACACUUUCAAUAGAUAUUCUUAAAUGCGAACAU